GGGGAUAAACUUUUCAAAGUGGUUGUCCCGGGCCCAUCGAACGACAGACUCCCUGCUCCACGGAACCGGGUGGCCAUUCGUGUCGACGUGGUUUUCUGAAAUGACAGCUCCCGGCGGCUGGCUCAUGGCUAUCACCAGUCUCUGCUGUGUAUUGAGUCGUCGGUUAAAAGUGCGCGCGUGUGCAAUGCGAAUCUGCGCUCCUCGACAAGUUUCAAAUCGUCAGACGAGCAGAACAGACCAAUGUUCAAGGGCACAUAGAGCGGAAAUGAAAUGCGCAAUUGCUCCAGAACAGAAAGCACGCCAACUGAGAGCAAGUGUAAGAAAUUACAAGGUGAGGAAAGCGCCUUGCGGUGGAGGGCAGGGGAUAUUAGAACAGUGCAGUGUGGAAAUAACAGACAAGAGCACGAAAC